AUGAGCGCGGAAAGUAACUCAAACCUUCAUUCUAGGAAAGUGUUUUUGGAUGAUGAUAUUAAAGGCAUCAAUUUUAAUGAAAGAGUGAUGAAAGAUGUUCCUGCACCCGUGUGGAACUAUAUUCCAGCAAAUGAACUGUUUGAUACAGACGGACUUCCAAACAUACAAAAUCUCAAGAAGCACUUAUUGAGAGAAGGAAGAGUAAAUCCAAAGGAUGGUAUGAGACUCAUCAACAAGGCCGCUGAAAUUUUGAGAGAUGAGCCUAACUUGCUUCAGCUACAAGAUCCAAUCACAGUGUGCGGAGAUGUUCAUGGACAGUACUAUGACUUGGUAAAAUUAUUCGAAAUUGGUGGAGAUCCUUCCAGCGAUGUAAAGUACUUGUUCUUGGGAGACUACGUCGACAGAGGAUAUUUUGGAACUGAGGUUUGCUUCUUGUUGCUGUCCUACAAGAUCAGAUAUCCAAAUUCGUUCUUUAUGCUCAGAGGUAAUCACGAGUGUCGCCAUUUAUCUGCAUAUUUCAACUUUAAACAAGAGUGCUUAUUCAAGUACAACGAAGAGGUAUAUGACUGCUUUAUGCAAUGUUUUGAUUGCUUGCCUUUGGGAGCUUUGUUGAACGGAAGAUUUUUGUGUGUUCAUGGAGGUCUUUCUCCUGAUAUCAAGACAUUGGAUGAUAUUAAUGAUAUUGAUAGAUUCCGAGAACCUCCAAGCAACGGCCCAAUGUGUGACCUUUUGUGGUCCGACCCAAUGGAUGAUGAGGAAGAAGAAAUCAACCCCGAUAGCGAAUUUGUGAAUAACGAAUUGAGAGGUUGCUCCUAUGUUUUCAGCUUUGAAGCUGUCAACUCGUUCUUGAAAGACAAUAACUUGCUCUCCGUGAUUAGAGCUCACGAAGCUCAAGAUGAAGGUUAUCGUCUUUAUAAGAAGGGUCCUUCUACUGGUUUUCCAACAGUCAUCUGCAUCUUCUCUGCUCCAAACUAUUGCGAUGUUUAUAACAACAAGGGAGCCAUCAUUAGAUUCCAAAAUAACUUGAUGAAUAUUAGACAAUUCAAUUGUUCUGCUCACCCAUACUUCUUACCAAACUUUAUGAACACAUUCAAUUGGUCUUUACCAUUCGUUGUUGAGAAGGUUAUGGACAUGUUCAACGUAAUUUUGAAUUUAUGUGAUGAACAAGAGGAUGCUGCUAGUGAUGAUGAAGAGCCAUUGUCUGGACAAUCAAGCAUCACUCCCGAAAGAGCUGAUCUUAUCAAAACUAAGAUUAGAAGUGUUGGUCGUCUUUGUAGAAUGUACACCACACUGAGAGAGGAACAUGAAUCCAUAGUCAUGCUCAAAGGCUUAGCUGGAGGUGUUUUGCCAAGAGGUUUGCUUUCACAAGGACCAAACGCCAUCCGAAAUGCCAUCAUUGACUUUGAGACGGCUAGAAAACUUGACGAGGUCAAUGAAAAGAUGCCACUCCAAUACAAGAGAGAAAGAGAAACCAAUCCUCCAAGAAAACUCAAGAGAACCGAAUCAGAAAUUGUCAGAGAUCUCUCAUCGCCCCUUAAGAAGCCAGAGAUUAAGGUUGAGGAUGAAAAAAUGGAUUGCAAAAACUAA